AUGUCAUUAAUUUCGCCACCUACAACUAGGAGCCUCUCUCUCCAAAGCGGGUUCGAUGAGGCUUUAUCGGCUUUCAAGAAUAAGCUGACUCCUUCUGAACUAGCUCAGUUCAAAGUGACCACGCUCGAUGAUCUGAAAGUAACCAUCUUAGCCAUCCAAGCAAAGCAGAGAGCCCAGAAGCAGAUGGUACACAUGGAUAGGAUCCGAUCCUUCUUGGAAGCUAUGGAGCAAUUUGGGAAAGUAGUCGAGAUUUUUCUGAACGUUACAAAUCUUCUUGCAUUCAUAUGGGGUCCGAUGAAGCUUCUUCUUUUGACUACCACCACAUGGCUUGAGUCCUUUGAUGCGCUUCUUGAUGCAUAUCAGCUCAUAUCUGAUAGCAUCCCCCUACUUGGGGGCUACCAGGUCAUAUUCAAGGACAAUAUCCAAAUGCAAACAGUACUUCGAUGCAUUUGGUCUGACAUCCUUGACUUCCAUAUUCGAGCGUUGCGCAUAUUCGGACAAUCGCCGAUACGUACCUUUUUCAGAUCCCUUUGGAAGGAUUUCAAUAGUCGGUUUCAACAUAUUCUCGGCGAUCUCAAACGGCAGAAGGCUCUCGUCGAAAGUCAUGCGAAUCAUAUCCAUAUUCAAAACUAUGAGUCCGACAGGAUUAAGACUCAAGAAGAAUAUAAUCAAGCUAGGGCUCAUCGUGCUUCAGAAAAGAAGAUAUUUGUGACGCAGUGGAUUGCGGCGUCGACGUUCAUUCUCGACCAUGAGUCAUUAUUUUCCGUCCGAGAAGAGCAAUUUCAUGCCACAAACAGACGGACAGCUCGAUGGAUUCUUGAGCAUAAUGAAGUAAAGGCUUGGAUAGCACCUCAAGUGCCUAAAUCUUCAAUUCUUUGGUUAAGCGGCAUAGCCGGACUAGGGGACGUGCUCACAUCCGUAAUUGUGGAUGAGAUUAAAGAAAAGCACCUCGGACCCGCGGCAUAUUUUUAUUGCAAGUAUCGAGAUCCUAAUAAGAGUAACUUCGUGUCAAUUCUGAGGGGACUGCUAAGCCAAUUAGUCAAUCAACAAGACCACCUUAUGCCGUAUUAUUAUGAUGAGGCAAUUAUGAGUGGUGAAACUACCCUACACUCAGCCAAGCUUUGUAAAAAGCUCCUUCGCUCCAUGCUACAAAAUAUUCCCCAGGCUUUCUUAGUUAUUGAUGGUAUCGAUGAAUGUGACCUGAAUGAGAGAAAAUUGACCCUGGAUUAUCUCAGAGAAAUGCUUGAUUUUUGCGAUAGUAGCAAGCCCGGAAAAGUUCGGCUGCUCAUCUCGAGUCGCGAUGAGUCAGAUAUCAGACGAGCUCUUUCGAUGGGAACAAGAGUUAAAGUCGAUCAUCGAGACACAUUACAAGAUUUGGAGGUGUAUAUCGAACAUAGAGCUAGCAUAGUGCAACAGAAGUUUGAGCUGGAUGCAGCGGAUCGGAUAUAUAUUCAAAAGAAUGUGCUCGACAGAGCUGACGGGAUGUUCUUGUAUGCCAAACUUGUGAUGACCAACCUAGAAGGGCAGCCAUCUCUUCAUUGUCUCCAUGAAGAAUUUAACCGCCUUCCGACAGGUCUCGAUGAAGCCUAUGAGCGAAAUCUGCACAGGAUCGAGAUUAACCCAAACAGGAAUCAAACGGAAAUCGCCCAUAAAAUCCUUUCGUGGAUGGUAUGCGUAAGGCGACCUUUACGAUGGCGAGAAAUCCAAGCAGCCAUCUCGAUCGACCUAGCUGAUCUUGCCGUUGACCAUGCCCGGCGAUUACCCAGAGACUCUGACGUGUCGGAAAUCUGCGGCUCGUUAGUUGAAGUACUAUCCGGUGAUCGAGUCGAGUUUGUCCAUGUCACAGCAUCUCUAUAUAUCAUGGAUUUAGGGUACACACCUCUAUUGAAGGCGAACCAUUCUAUGGCAAUUCUCUGUCUUUGCUACUUAACGUUCGAGUGCUUUGGGGAGAGAAAAGAUGAUGAGCUGUACCAAUUUGUCAAAAAAGGAUCCUUUGCGUUUCAAGACUACGCCGCCGCCCACUGGACUGAUCAUUUCCUCGCUCUAUUUUCCGAAUCAGAACCAGUUCAACGAGAGUUGCCUGACAACGGCAAGGAAAUCGGAAGUGCAGCGACAGUAUUCGCCGAUCGCUUCCGGGACGGUUUGCCAACUCCAUCUGAGGAUAACGAGUCGAUCACGAUGACUAUCUGGAGACAUGCUGAGACUCUGAAACAUUUAAUGGAUGACAGAAGGGAUGAAAUCAGCCUAUCAUCCCUAGGAAAAAGUCUGAGACAAAACCGACAUAUUCUAGAAACAGUCAAAAUAUCAGGCGCAAACAAAGAUGCCGAGAAUGCAUCCUUGGUAGCUUUCUACGGUGAGAAUUGGUUCAAAUGCCAGAAGGUAUCGUGCUACUACUUUCAUGAAGGUUUCCAGUCCCAAACAUUAAGGCAGCAGCACUACGACCGCCACGACAGGCCAUUCAGGUGCGAAGAAGAAGAUUGUCCGGCAGCGCGGAUCGGAUUCGGCUCCCUCAAGGAGAUGGAGAAGCACAAGAGAAAUGUGCAUCCAGGCAUUGAUAAACUCUCGUCGACAUUUGCUAGGCUUAAAGGGGCCAGGAAUGAGCAGGGCGUUUUGUUGAAAUACCCUUGUCCACGCUGCCCUCUUAGAUUCGCUACGCGGCUUGAGUGUCGAUGCCACAUGACAUCUCACAAUCCUCGCAUUCGGUCUAAAGGUGUGCCUAUGGUAGGAUAG